GAUAGAUUAAGUGAAAAUUUCCGUGAGUAAUCUACAAAAGAGCGAUAAGACUGUGUAUAUAACAGAAUAAAUAUAAAAGACAUCGUCUAAUUAAUUAUUUUUAGUUUUUAAAUCACUAAUUUUCGAGACUUAUACUUGAAUCUUUUUUAAAUAUAAAAUGAAAAUCUAUAUUGAAAGAACUUUACUCGCAUUAGCGCUUCUUUUUGCGUACUCUGACGCUUUGUAUCUGGAAGAUUCAACUGUUAAACCCGAAGCAAGAAGAUUCACCUACAAAUGCUCGUCUGAUUUUGCAACGUUAUAUUUUAAGCCUGAUGAUACAACGUAUGCAGUCGCAAUGGUUGUAGACAAAAACAAACCGGAGUGUAGAACAUUUAAAAAAAAUAAUAGUUAUUAUCCGCCUGCGCUUGAAGUUAACUUUUCUAAUUGUAGCUUAGGUCACAAGAUAUUUGACGUUUUAUUAGCUGAGCUUGGAGUUUUUGAAAAUAUGAAUACUUAUUAUGAAACAAUAGUUGAUUGUGAGGUUUCUGAUGAACAAUAUGACACGAUCUUUGAAUAUGACUUGAGUAAGGUGGAAAGUCAAUAAAAUUAUAGAAUUUUUACAUCUA